AAAAUUAACACCACACUUCACACGUGCUCCUUUGCUAUAUCCGGCUUUGUCCGUGUGCGCGUAUUUAUCGUAUGCACGGAGUGCCUCCUCAUAUUGCAUCGCGCCACCCCCAGUAUAUAUAUAUCCAACUAAAGUCAUCCAAAAUUUAGCAUUUAAAAGUCAACAAAAAGUCAACAACAAAAAAACCUUAGCACUUUUUGUUUUUGAAAUGAAUUCACCAAGUCCAUGUUCUGACCCGAACUCAUACUCCCACCCAAGUCCGUUAAACCGACCCGAUAGGAUGAGCCGGUCUCACGAUGGAGUAAUACUAGCAUCAACUAAGCCAAAGAAACGGGCGGGUCGGACAAAGUUCAAGGAGACCCGACAUCCAGUUUAUAGAGGGGUCCGAAUGAGGAGAUCAAAUAAGUGGGUUUGUGAAGUACGUGAGCCAAAUAAAAAGACUCGAAUAUGGCUAGGAACGUACCCGACUGCUGAGAUGGCAGCCCGGGCUCAUGACGUGGCAGCUUUGGCAUUGCGUGGUAACCUUGCUUGUUUAAACUUUGCUGAUUCUGUUUGGCGGUUGCCUGUGCCGAUCACCAAUAAUCCCACUGAUAUCAGGAACGCGGCAGCCGAGGCUGCGGAGGCGUUUAGGUUGAAAGAUAUGGAGGUUGACGGUGGUGAUGGGAGGAGAGAUGUGAGUGAUGAUAAGGGUUCUGAUGGGACGUUGUCGGAGAGUGAAGGAAUGGCGAUGGCGGAGGAGGUGGAGGACGGUGGUGAUGGGAGGAGAGAUGUGAGUGAUGAUAAGGGUUCUGAUGGGACGUUGUCGGAGAGUGAAGGAAUGGCGAUGGCGGAGGAGGUGGAGGUAGAGAGUUAUAUGGAUGAAGAGGCGGUGUUUUACAUGCAUAGGUUGAUUUCUGACAUGGCAGAAGGUAUGUUGAUACCUCCACCUCCUUGCUUACGUGGAUGGAGUUCAGAUGACGUGGAAAGUCCAGAUGCUGACAUGUGUCUCUGGAAUUUCUCAAUUUGAAAGCGUGUAAACUCAAUGGAGGCAAUUUAAUUAACAAUAUAUAUUUGUUAAAAUUAACGUACAGAAGCUCAUUUUUUAUUAUAUUAUCUUUUUAAAUGGCUUUUUUAACAGAAUA